AUGGCCCCCAGGGGGCCCCUGGGCGGGAGGGAAAGCCAGGACCCCCAGGCCCUCCAGGAGCCGUGGGGCCACCUGGUUUCCCUGGGGCUGAAGGACUUCCAGGGAUCUGCAUCAGUCCCUGGAAAACCAGGGCUCCGAGGGGAGCCAGGAUUCCCAGGACCAAAGGGUGACAAGGGCGAGUAUGGGCUGCCAGGCAUGCCAGGGAGCCCUGGCCGGACCGGAGAGCCAGGACCCCCAGGCAUGCCCGGUCCCAUGGGGCCACCAGGACCACCAGGGGACUACAGGUGUGACUCACGCCACGCUGGACACCGUGGAUUGGCCGGGCUGCCGGGCCCCAAGGGAGAAAAGGGUGACCCUGGAGAGCUGGGGUGCUGCUAUGGGAAUCACAGGUGCAAACCAGGCCACCUCCCCUUCCUCAGCACUGGCAGCCAGCCUGGCUCCUGGGGGUCCAUCAACAGGUACCAGACGGAUGGCAAAGAGGAACCAGAGAUCUAUGGAGCGAUCAUCCCCCAUGGUCUUCGAGGUCCCCCCGGGAUCCCCGGCCCUCCUGGGCCCCCUGGCCCUCCUGGCCCACCAGGUCUCCUCUAUUUCAACAGGGUGCACCCUGUGCAUGCCCAGCCACCCUGCAAGCAGCCGGCAUCUGCAGACCGCAGCUGGCCAUCAGCUGCUGGUGUCCCUCAGACAGAGCCAUCGGACUCCCGUGCUGAUCUCCGGCGCCAGACAUGGGUUUUCAAGUCCAAGGAGCUGAUGGUGAAGGCGAGCAGUGCUGUGCCCGAGGGGAGCCUGGUCUAUGUGCGGGAAGGGAGCAACGCCUUCCUCCGGACCCCCACUGGCUGGAGCCGCCUCCUGCUGGAGGAUCCAAAAUCCUUUUUGGCUGGUGAUGACCCUUCUGCCUCCACCCCACAGUACCAGGAGGCAAAGAGGGUGCAGCCAAGAGGCCCCAACACGCUGUCACCCAUGCAGUCUCCAACAGACUCACUGAUCCAGAAGGAGGAAGAACAAGGGCUGCCCCAGAUUCUGCCAACCACCAUUGCCCCACGGAUCCCAUCUCUCCGCCUGGCUGCCCUCAACGUGCCCCUGUCCGGUGACAUGAGUGGGAUCCGGGGCGCUGACCUGCAGUGCUACCGGCAGUCACAGGAGGCCGGGCUCUACGGCACCUUCCGGGCCUUCCUGUCAGCCCCCAGCCAGCAGCUGGUGUCCAUCGUCAAGAGGACAGACAGGACCCUCCCCAUUGUUAACCUGAAGGGCCAGCUGCUGGCCAAGUCCUGGGGCUCCCUCUUUGGGGGUCAGGCUGGUGCCACCCUGCGGGGUCCCAUCUACUCCUUCAACGGGCGUGACAUCCUGACGGAUCCGCUCUGGCCCCGCCGGCUGGCCUGGCACGGCUCCACACCGCUGGCCGUGCUCUGCGUCGAGGUGGCUUUUCCUUACCGGCACAUGUGGUGACAACGGUGACACCCAGCCAUGUGCUCCAGGCAUUCCUCCAGCCCAGUGUGGCUGAGGAAUGUCCCUGGGAGCACCAUGGGUGGUGUCUGAGCUGUGCUGGAGCACUGAGGG